AUGCCAACCGACCCCCAGCUGGCUAUCUCCUACGCAGCCCUCGUCCUCGCCGACGAGGGCGUGCCUCUCACGCCCGACAAGCUUCAGACCCUCCUGAAAGCCGCCGGCGUCGACGACGUCGAGGCCAUCUGGAGCACCAUCUUCACCAAGGCACUCAAGGACAAGGACAUGACGGGGCUCUUGACCACGGUCCAGGCAUCGCAGACUGCUCCCACCGGGCCCGCUGUCGGCGGGGAGGUCAAGGGUGGAGGACCUGAGGAAGACGGUUCCCAGUCCGGGGACGGCGGACACAGCGAUGGAGAUGACAGUGGCUCGGAGAUGGGAAUGGGUCUGUUCGAUGACUGA